UCCUGCGUAAAGGUUGUCCACGCGCACAGCAAAAUUAAUCCGUCGUCGAAGAAGCCGUCUCCAACUCCCGUUCCACUGUGUUUGUGCAUGUGCAUGUGUGAGUGAGGGAGAGUGUGAGUGUGAGUGGGUGCUACACACUCUCAGUUUUUUAGUAUACAUAUGUGUGUAUAUGUACCCCUCUAAAUUUUAAGUGGAAAAAAGUCUUUGAAAUCGUAAUCAAACAAGUGCAAGGCCUUAAGUGCUUUUUAUCAUGGCUCAAUUUGUGACUCACAUCCAGCCAACGCUACUGGAGGCAUCGCAAGGUCAUGUGCCGCACCAUCAUAGCCAUCAGGUAGGCGUGCAGCACUCGUCGCAUUUGCCACACAGUGGCCACAACAUGCCAUCGCCACCCACGGCACACAAUCAUCAUCAUCAUCAUGGCGGACAUCAUGGCAAUGCCUCAUCGCACCACCAGCAAUCGCAUCAGCAACAACAGUCGCAUCAGCAAUCCCAUCAUCAGAAUCCAGAACAGCAGCAAAACCAGCAUCAGCACCAGCACCAGCAUCAGCAUCAGCAGCACCACAAGAAAUCACAUCAUCCGACAGCUCAAGGUGCUGCCAAGACGAUUCAAAGUCCACCCAAGCCGUUGUCCCCGGAGCAUGUGGGCCACUAUGAAUACUUUCAGCAUCAGCAUGAGCUGGUCUUUCAGCAUGGUGGCGCCCCACUUUGUGACAAGAACAAUAAGCAGCAUCACGAUAAGCAUGAACACUGCCCCACAGGACAUCAGAGUGCGGGCGAUGGCAAUACUUCCUUCCUUCGUGCCGCACGCGCUGGAAAUUUGGAGCGCGUGCUGGAACACCUAAAGAACAACAUUGACAUUAACACUAGCAAUGCGAACGGCCUGAAUGCUUUGCAUUUAGCAUCCAAGGAUGGACACAUACACGUUGUCUCGGAGCUGCUGCGACGCGGUGCGAUUGUUGACAGCGCCACCAAGAAGGGGAAUACAGCGUUGCACAUUGCUUCGCUGGCUGGACAGGAGGAGGUGGUGAAGCUAUUGCUGGAGCACAAUGCCUCUGUCAAUGUGCAGUCACAGAAUGGCUUCACUCCCCUCUACAUGGCUGCCCAAGAGAAUCACGAUGCAGUAGUUCGUCUCUUGUUAUCUAAUGGCGCUAACCAGAGCUUGGCCACGGAGGAUGGCUUCACUCCGCUGGCUGUAGCCAUGCAGCAGGGACACGACAAAGUUGUAGCCGUGCUUCUCGAGAGCGAUACACGCGGCAAGGUGCGCUUGCCAGCACUGCAUAUAGCUGCCAAAAAGGAUGACGUAAAGGCUGCUACGCUUCUACUGGAUAAUGACCACAAUCCGGAUGUGACUUCCAAGUCGGGCUUUACACCGCUGCAUAUUGCCUCCCAUUAUGGCAACCAGAACAUUGCCAAUUUGUUGAUCCAGAAGGGCGCCGAUGUCAACUACUCGGCCAAGCAUAACAUCAGCCCCUUGCACGUGGCUGCCAAAUGGGGCAAGACGAACAUGGUCUCGCUGUUGCUCGAGAAGGGCGGCAACAUCGAGGCCAAGACUCGUGAUGGCCUCACUCCACUCCACUGUGCCGCACGUUCCGGCCACGAGCAAGUCGUAGACAUGUUGUUAGAGCGCGGUGCCCCAAUCAGCGCCAAAACCAAGAACGGCUUGGCGCCCUUGCACAUGGCCGCCCAGGGCGAGCAUGUGGAUGCUGCUCGCAUUCUGCUCUAUCAUCGCGCACCAGUGGAUGAGGUCACCGUCGAUUAUCUCACUGCUCUGCAUGUGGCCGCCCAUUGCGGACAUGUGCGUGUGGCCAAGCUCCUGCUGGACCGUAAUGCCGAUGCUAACGCACGUGCACUCAAUGGAUUUACACCACUGCACAUUGCCUGCAAAAAGAACCGCUUGAAGGUCGUAGAGCUGUUGCUUCGCCACGGCGCCAGCAUUAGCGCUACUACGGAAAGCGGUCUAACUCCGCUGCACGUGGCCGCCUUCAUGGGUUGCAUGAACAUCGUCAUUUACUUGCUGCAGCACGACGCCAGCCCCGAUGUGCCCACUGUGCGUGGCGAGACUCCAUUGCAUUUGGCUGCACGCGCCAAUCAGACGGACAUCAUACGUAUUCUUUUACGCAAUGGCGCCCAGGUUGAUGCACGUGCUCGGGAACAGCAAACGCCGUUGCACAUCGCUUCGCGUUUGGGCAACGUUGAUAUUGUGAUGCUGUUGUUGCAGCAUGGCGCUCAGGUGGAUGCCACUACGAAGGACAUGUACACGGCACUGCAUAUUGCCGCCAAGGAGGGCCAGGAUGAGGUGGCCGCUGUGCUGAUCGAGAACGGCGCUGCUUUGGACGCAGCCACCAAGAAGGGCUUUACGCCAUUGCAUCUGACAGCCAAGUAUGGGCACAUAAAGGUCGCUCAACUGCUGCUCCAGAAGGAGGCGGAUGUCGAUGCACAGGGCAAAAAUGGUGUUACCCCGUUGCAUGUGGCUUGCCACUACAACAACCAGCAGGUGGCCUUGCUGCUGCUAGAGAAGGGCGCCAGUCCACAUGCCACCGCCAAGAACGGACAUACACCGCUGCACAUUGCGGCGCGCAAGAACCAGAUGGACAUUGCUACCACUUUGCUGGAAUACGGCGCUCAGGCCAAUGCUGAGAGCAAGGCUGGAUUCACGCCACUGCAUCUAAGCAGCCAGGAGGGACAUGCCGAGAUUUCCAACUUACUGAUUGAGCACAAGGCUGCCGUCAAUCAUCCAGCCAAGAACGGUCUAACACCCAUGCAUCUGUGCGCUCAGGAAGAUAAUGUCAAUGUUGCUGAGAUUCUACAACGCAACGGCGCCAACAUCGACAUGGCCACCAAGGCUGGUUAUACUCCGCUGCAUGUGGCCUCCCACUUCGGCCAGGCCAACAUGGUGCGUUUCUUGCUGCAGAACGGAGCUAACAUCGAUAUGGCCACCAAGGCUGGUUAUACUCCUUUGCAUCAGACCGCUCAGCAGGGCCAUUGCCAUAUUGUCAACUUACUGCUGGAGCACAAGGCCAAUGCAAAUGCCCAGACUGUCAAUGGUCAGACACCUUUGCAUAUUGCACGCAAGUUGGGCUACAUCAGUGUGCUCGAUUCUCUCAAGUCGAUUACCAAGGAGGACGAGGAUGCCACUGCUGCCGCUCAGACAGAGGAAAAGUAUCGCGUCGUGGCGCCAGAAGCCAUGCACGAAUCCUUCAUGUCCGAUUCCGAGGAAGAGGGUGGUGACACAGAAUGGGAAUUGGACGCAUGCUACGAGUUUGGCAUUGGCGGUGAUCGAGACCGUAGGCCAGACAUCCAGAUCUUUCAACCGUAUUACCAGGGCGACUAUCUAUAUGUCUCCAGCGAAGAUAAUAUGCUAUCCGAUCAACCUUAUCGCUAUCUGACCGUUGAUGAAAUGAAAUCCCUAGGCGAUGACUCGCUGCCCAUUGAUGUUACGCGCGAUGAGCGCAUGGACUCCAAUCGCAUGACCCAAAGUGCUGAGUAUGCAGGUGGAGUACCGCCUACCAUUGGCGAGGAGAUGAUCAGUCCGCACAAGGCUCAAGUCUAUGGCAACUCGCCCAAGGCAACGGUCGACGGUGUCUAUAUAGCCAAUGGAGCUGGCAACGAUGAGCCACCACAUGUGGGUCGCAAGCUGAGCUGGAAGAGCUUCCUGGUCUCAUUCCUGGUGGAUGCACGCGGCGGUGCCAUGCGUGGCUGUCGCCACAGCGGCGUCCGUAUGAUAAUACCGUCGCGCUCCACCUGCCAGCCGACGCGGGUGACCUGCCGCUAUGUAAAGCCGCAGCGCACCAUGCAUCCACCGCAGUUGAUGGAGGGUGAGGCCUUGGCCAGCCGCGUGCUUGAACUGGGACCGUGCUCGACCAAGUUCAUUGGGCCCGUUGUCAUGGAGGUGCCGCAUUUCGCCUCGCUGCGUGGCAAGGAGCGUGAGAUCAUUAUCUUGCGUUCCGACAACGGCGAAACCUGGCGAGAACAUACCAUUGACAACUCCGAGGAGGUUAUUCACGAUGUCAUGCAACAGUGCUUCGAGCCAGAGGAAAUCGCUCAGCUGGAGGAGCAGGCCGGCAAUCAUGUCUGUCGCUUUGUCACCUACGAUUUCCCGCAGUAUUUUGCUGUCGUAUCACGUAUACGCCAGGAGGUGCAUGCAAUUGGACCCGAAGGCGGCAUGGUGUCCAGCACUGUGGUGCCGCAGGUUCAGGCCGUCUUCCCACAGGGAGCCCUGACCAAGAAAAUCAAAGUUGGCUUACAGGCCCAACCAGUUGAUCCAGAUCUAACGGCUAAGCUAUUGGGUCGCGGCGUUGCCGUCUCGCCGAUCGUAACGGUCGAGCCGCGCCGUCGCAAAUUCCACAAGGCAAUCACACUGAGCAUGCCCGCCCCGAAGGCACACAGCCAGGGCAUGAUCAAUCAGUACUCGGGCAAUACGCCAACGCUACGCCUGCUCUGUUCGAUAACAGGUGUGUUUCGGAAAAGGUCUCUAAAAGGCGGACCGUCACGAGCCCAAUGGGAGGAUGUAACGGGCUCCACGCCGUUGACAUUUGUCAACGACUGCGUAUCAUUCACGACAACAGUUUCUGCCCGUUUCUGGCUGAUGGAUUGUCGCAACAUUUCCGAUGCCACCAAAAUGGCAACAGAGCUGUACAAGGAAGUCAUUCACGUGCCCUUCAUAGCCAGAUUUGUGGUAUUUGCCAAGAAAAUUGAGCCUUUCGAGGCACGGCUGCGCGUCUUCUGUAUGACCGACGAUCGCGAGGAUAAAACUCUCGAGAAGCAUGAGCUAUACACCGAGGUAGCCAAGAGCCGUGAUGUCGAGGUGCUCGAAGGCAAACCACAAUACAUUGAAAUGGCUGGCAAUCUAGUGCCCGUUACCAAGUCAGGUGAUCAAUUACAGUUGCAGUUCAAGGCCUUCCGCGAGAAUCGUCUGCCCUUCACGGUGCGUGUAAAAGAUCAGCAUGCAGAUAUUGUGGGUCGCACGCUGUUCAUGAAGGAGCCCAAGGUGGCCAAGGGCGAACCUCCACAGCAACCCAUCUGCAUACUCAACAUUGUCCUGCCAGAGGCUGUCAUACCCGAUUCGACAACAGCAUUCUCUGAACGCGUCUCCUCUGCCUAUCGCACCUCGAUGUUCAGCCUGAGCAAGCAUCAGAACGAUCACUACAUUGGCGACAUACGCAUUGUAGACCUAUCCAAUUUGUUGGGCAAGGACUGGAUACAAUUGGCCCCAGAGAUAGGCAUAACAGCCGAUGAGAUUGACGAAAUCAUCAACCAAAAUACCGACAGUAUUGCGCGACAGGCGCAGAGCAUGAUUCGCUUGUACAAAGAUAAACCAAACUACGAUAUUCUAGCACUGGAAACAGCUCUUAAAAACAUCGGAAGAGACGACAUCAUGAAGAAGUGCAAGAGUGGCAGAUUGUCGCAUUCGCGAGAGUUUGACGAGGCAGAUCUUAUGAAGAACUCCGAGUCAAUAGAGGAGCUGGUCCGCAGAGAAAGUAAGCGAAUCCAGCAAAUCAACGAACGCGAAGAAGUCAAAUACUCUGCUGAGGAGAAGGAAGUUGAAGAGUCUGAGUCCGAUGAGGAGCCAGCAAAACGAACCGUUGCCGAACGCCGAGAGAAAAUCGUCAAGCGUCUCUCGGUAGAACGCUCCAUACCAGCCUCAACCCAAAAGAAGGAAAUUACACGAGAGAUUACUGAGAUCAAACGCAAGAGCUUGAUUGAGGAUAAAAAGGCGCACCACGAAUCAGAGAUUCUUAUGCAGCUACCCGCCGACAAUGUCAUAAUCAAAACCACGACAGUGCCUGAGCAGGUCAUCAAGAUGAAGAUGGGCAAAAUGGAUUCCACUGAAGUGAGCAAGAGCGAAUUUGAUAAGGAGCUGACACAUAAGCUCAAAACUUCCGGACGCAGCUCAGAAGAAGAAGAGCCGCCAUCUCCAGACAAGGUUGAUAAGAUUGUCCAGGACAUAACCUCCGCUGAGAAGACGGCCAAGAAGGAUACGGCAACGACUAGCCGAGUGGGCUUUAUUACCCGCCAGGAAGCGCGUGACAUGACCGAGGAUUUCUUGGAAUUCGAAAAGCGUAAUCAACUGCCAUCCGAAACGACGGCUACAGUUCAUGAAAAGUUCUCAGAGGAGUUCAAGGAAAAGACCAGUCCUGUGGCAACAAUUGCUCAGGAAACCAUCAAAGAGGUGGAGCAAGUCAUCAGUGAAGUUACUGAAACUGCUAGCAAGAAAGUGGAGAAUAUAAUCAGUUCCUUCGAGAGUGGCAAACAAGAAAUCAAGGAGAAGAGCAGUGAGCUAACCAAAGACACAACGAAGGUCAGCGAGACCAUAAAGCAGCUGCAAGAAACCAAAGUUACAGCUGGGGAAGAGAUUUCCAAAACAGUUGAAAUUGAGAGCACCAAAAUUGAGGAGAAAAUUGCUGACUUCGAGGCCAAAAAGGUUAGAUACGAUUUCCAUGGCGGCGAGCCAAAGACACAAAUACCCAAGCUUGUAAAGCGAUCUAGCGAAGAGCCCCUUAAGCCGACAGCAGCCCCUCGGGCUGCAACUGAAACGGAGUUCGAUAAACCUGUCGAGGCUAAGGUUGAGAAACAAGUCUCAAAGAUUCCAGUCAAGACCGGAGAAGGUGCCAAGAUUGCCGAAGUGGAUGCCCGAAAGUUGACACAAGAUUUUCUGCAGGCUGAGCAAAAGACACAGCUGCCGGCAGUCGAGCCCAAAGCAGCUCCGGCUGCAAGUAAGAUACCGAAGGUGGAGCCCAGAAAGUCAAUUGACAAGGAGGCGAAAAUCUUUGAUGACAUUGUAGUAUCCACUGCAACGAUUAUGACAUCUGGAAUGGCUGCCGAACAACCCAAGCCACAACCCGAGGUUGCUGCCAAGGCCGAAACUGUGAAUGAAAAAUUGACCGACCUGAUCGACACAUUCCACAAGAUCGAAGAAAAGAUAAUCAAAACCGACAAGCCAGCAGAGGUGGCUGAUAAGGUAGAGGGACUCGCUGGAAAAAAGGUGGAACCUCAGGUUACAGCUCAGCAAGAACUGCACGAAUCAGCCAAAAAGGAAGAUAAAGUAGCAGAAAAAGUAGCUGGUGUUAUCGAGACAUUCCACAAAAUCGAGGAGCACAUUGUCUUUGAUACACUUCAGAAAACCAAUGAUUUCCUGAGUAUGGAACAGCAAAGCCAGCUGCCCAGCCUGCGAAGUGCACCCGAGUCGCUGAUCGAGUCCAGCCAGACAUCAACAGCUUCCGAGCCAGAAUCCGUGAUAUCUGUAAAAGCAGCACCGCCAGCCAGUAAAAUACCUGUUGUAGAACCAAGAAAGUCAAUAGUCGAGGAAACAGUGAAACCAGCUGGGGUGGCAAGCAGCCAACAGCAGAAGCCAGCUCCACUAAACGAACGUCAGCUUACCGCAGACUUUUUGAAGAUGGAGCAACAAACUCAGCCUCAGUCGCAGCCUCAGUCGCAGCCUCAGUCGCAGCCUCAGCCCCAGGCUCAGUCUCCAAAGAUUAUCGCUGAAACAACCAUUUUGCCAGAAGUGAUGCAGACAAAACUUGCUGCGCAGGAACCAACAGUCAUAACUGAGAUAAAAACUACCACUGACAAGGAACCUAAAACCACAGUCGUAGAGCCCGAGACGAACAUCGUGGCAGGAGAUGGCAUCGAGUCUGCUGCACCAAUUGGCGAAGUUUCACCAUUUGCCGCACGCAAGCUGACUGCCGAUUUUCUAGCGAUGGAGCAACAAGCUCAGCAGCCUAGUAUACCUAAAGCAAUGUCAGAACAUGAUAGCGAUACGUUCGAUAAGCGGGCCACAGUGCCAUUGAGCGAUGUCCUCAAAGAAGAAGGACUCUCUGCACCGCUGUCCAUUGAACCACGCAAAUCGCUGACCGAUGCGGAGUUCUGCAAAUAUGUCGGUGAGACCAUUACCAAAAAGAUGAGCGAGGGUUUAAUUGAAAUGACAGAUGAACUCAAACAGAUAGCGAGCGACAUACCAUAUUCCCAAACUCCUCCACCAACACCGAGUGAUGCCAAAACCGAGAAGCAGAAUGAGCAAUCCGACCUGGGCAAUCUAGAGCAUGAUUAUUUAGCCGACACUGUGACCACUUUGCACACGACCACAGAGUCGACGUUCGAACGCGUCGCUGCCAUUUCCACAGUUGAGCACUUCAGUGUUCAUAAUGUAAAAACCGAAACAUUUACAAGUACAGAUGAAACUGAUAAGCUGCUACAUAGAAUGGCAGCUCCCCCCACUAUACAGAAACCAUACUCACAAGACACUACCUCAUUUACAGAAAUGAGUGCAAGUAGUCCAACUCCGAAGACAACGACCACAACAACAACAACGACGACUCUGACUACGCAAGUAGAACGCACCAAAGUAGAUUUAACUGCAAAACCAAUCGAUCAUCCAAAGAAACAAACGGAGCUGGAUGAUGGCCAGCGUGAUGCUGGCGAUAGGGAAUACUUAGAGCAGAUCAUGGGCUGUGGUGAUGUGAGGCGAAAGAUAUUGCGCUUGGAGAGCUAUGGCAGUACGGAAUCCUUGGAAUCCAAUGCCACACAACAGAGCGCACCACCCAAGUACAUAGGCGAUCAAGUGACAGUUGUUAAAGAUGUGGUCCAGAGCAUUGAGAAUAAGAUAAGCGGUACUGAAGUUGAGGCUAUUCCAUUUCCAGUACAUAAGCGAGCAACAGAUCAGGAACAUAAAGAGCCGAACAUCUCUGAGGUAGAGAAACAGAUACUAACUGCUGCAGAUCUCGCACUAGAUAAGUUAACUAGAUGCGAGCCACCUACCGAAGUUGUUAAGCGUUCACCUGUUGUGGCUAUGGAGCGGGGAGCAAUUGGUAUGGCGCAAAUUGAAGAAGAGGUGUGCGAAAAGAUUUGUGAGAAGCGAAAGGCCUUUGUGGUGGCAGAAGACUUAAAUGAAACGCAAAAGACUUUGGAUGAGCAGGUAGUAGAUAAAAAUAGGCAAGUAGAACAGGUACCUGGCAGCAUUUUACCGAAAGACUUAGUAAGUAAGGAAAAUAUAUUAGAGACAUUGCCAAAAGUAAAAGAAGUUGUCCAAGACAUUGAACGUAGGUAUACCUCAACGAGCUUAGAUGUUACACCUUUUAGUCCACGUAAGCGUGAAACAGUAGAUCGCAAGCCUGAUUUAUCCACGAUAGAACAACAGAUUUUAAGCGAAACUGACUUGGUUCUAGAAAAUCUGGGUGCAAUCCGUGCUCCUGAACAGAAGGUAGUUUCGCCGGUGCUCCAUAUGGAUAAAACAAGCCCGAGUGUUGAAAACCUUGAAGUAGCUUGCGAAAAGAUAUGCUCAAAGCGUAAAGUUUCUGAUAUGGCGAAAGAGUUCCAUAGGGAACCAGAUAGUGAAGACAGUUUACAAUCGAACGAUAUUAAAUCAAUUACUGCUAAGUUCCUUUUAGAUGAAAGAACUAAAUACAAUUUAGCCGAAAGUAUUAAACAGGCACCCGAAAGUGAUUAUAUUUUAUCAAAGCAAUGUGAUAAGCAAGAGUUUCCAAUAGAAUUAACUAAGCACAAUAAUGAAGUAGUAUUUCCAAAACUGGCACACACGGUUGAGCGAUUGCAUUCAAUUUCAAAAUCUGACAUUCAGGACACAAAAGAAUUCAUAAAUGUUGCAUCUGAAUACGAAAGAAAACUAAGUAAACUAAUUUUAGAAGAGAGCCGACCGAAACCACAGACUGAUAAAACUAAAAAGGAAAAACAGUUUUUAGAUAAGUUUCCAACCCAUGAAAUUGAUAUAUCAUUAAAAACUUCAGCCGAUACGGCACAAACCCUAAAACAAAUUGAUUUUAAACCAAUUUUUCCAUCUGAUACACCUAACAUUAAGGCACAUGAGAGUGAAAGUGACGAAGAGAUUGAUCAUGAUGAGAAGCUGAACAAGAUAAAAUUACUAUCAAAUAUAGAAAAAAGUCCGCUAAAAUCUAUUUAUGUGAGCGACACAAGAUUAUUAGAGUCGGAAGGAAUAUAUAAGACCGAAAAGGGAAAGCUUUCAAAAAAUGCAAUAGAAUGCGAAGACAAAUUAACAUCCGAGCUAUUAUCAAAAACCAAAACAGAGAUCCAGAACACAGAUAAAAACACCUCCGAAAUUAAACAAGAUAAACCACAGCAACACAUAGAUGACAGGCCGAAGUCUCCUAUUGAUGCAUCUAAGCAAACUUCUGAACAGAAGGACUCUUUUAAGCCUCAAGAUACAAAACUUCCUUCCACCACUCCUCUGGUACCAAUUUCUAUGACUACAAGUAAAAUUACUUCUGUCAGUGAGACUCGGGAGUCUGUUGAUAUACAAAUCAAAGAUGUUGUCAAGCUGCCUACAGAUGCAGUAAAAUCUGUUGAGAAACCCAAGUCCCCAACUGAGUUAGCAAAGAUAAUUCCAAAAGAAUAUUCUGACGAUGAGAGUGAUGAAGAAUUGGGAUCUGUGAAGCCACAAGAAAAACCCAUUUCUUCAACCACUCCUCUUCUGCCAAUUGCAGACAAACCUAUUCAAAAAUCUGACGAUAUUCCAAAACCAAUUACUGACGUAAAAGACGAUAAGCCACAACUUAAAUUAGAUGAGAAGCCCAAGUCUCCUAUGGAUGCAUCUAAGCAAACUCCAAAGGACUAUUCUGACGACGAAAGCGAUGAAGAGUCAAGUUUCCAAAAGCCUCAAGAUAAGACCCUUCCCUCCACUACACCUCUGGUACCACUUUCUAUGACUACAAGUAAAAUUACUUCUGUCAGUGAGACUCGGGAGUCUGUUGAUAUACAAAUCAAAGAUGUUAUCAAGCUGCAGACAGAUGCAGUAAAAUCUGUUGAGAAACCCAAGUCCCCAACUGAGUUAGCAAAGACAAUUCCAAAAGAAUAUUCUGAAGAUGAGAGUGAUGAAGAAUUGGGAUCUGUGAAGCCACAAGAAAAACCCAUUUCUUCAACCAUUCCUCUUCUGCCAAUUGCAGACAAACCUAUUCAAAAAUCUGACGAUAUUCCAAAACCAAUUACUGACGUAAAAGACGAUAAGCCAAAACCUAAAUUAGAUGAGAAGCCCAAGUCUCCUAUGGAUGCAUCUAAGCAAACUCCAAAGGACUAUUCUGACGACGAAAGCGAUGAAGAGUCAAGUUUUGCUAAGCUUCAAGAUAAGACCCUUCCCUCCACUACACCUCUGGUACCACUUUCUAUGACUACAAGUAAAAUUACUUCUGUCAGUGAGAUACGAGAUUCCGUUGAUAUACAAAUCAAAGAUGUUGUCAAGCUGCCUACAGAUGCAAUAAAAUCUGUUGAGAAACCCAAGUCCCCAACUGAGCUAGCAAAGACGAUUCCAAAAGAAUAUUCAGACGAUGAGAGUGAUGAAGAAUUGGGAUCUGUGAAGCCACAAGAAAAACCCAUUCCUUCAACCACUCCUCUUCUGCCAAUUGCAGACAAACCUAUUCAAAAAUCUGACGAUAUUUCAAAACCAAUUACUGACGUAAAAGACGAUAAGCCACAACCUAAAUUAGAUGAGAAGCCCAAGUCUCCUAUGGAUGCAUCUAAACAAACUCCAAAGGACUAUUCUGACGACGAAAGCGAUGAAGAGACAAGUUUCGAUAAGCCUCGAGAUAGGACCCUUCCCUCCACCACACCUCUGGUACCAGCUUCUGUGACUACAAGUAAGAUUACUUCUGUCAGUGAGACUCGGGAGUCUGUUGAUAUACAACUAAAAGAUGUUGUCAAGCUGCCUACAGAUGCAGUAAAAUCUGUUGAGAAACCCAAGUCCCCAACUGAGUUAGCAAAGACAAUUCCAAAAGAAUAUUCAGACGAUGAGAGUGAUGAAGAAUUGGGAUCUGUGAAGCCACAAGAAAAACCCAUUCCUUCAACCACUCCUCUUCUGCCAAUUGCAGACAAACCUAUUCAAAAAUCUGACGAUAUUUCAAAACCAAUUACUGACGUAAAAGACGAUAAGCCAAAACCUAAAUUAGAUGAGAAGCCCAAGUCUCCUAUGGAUGCAUCUAAACAAACUCCAAAGGACUAUUCUGACGACGAAAGCGAUGAAGAGUCAAGUUUCGAUAAGCCUCAAGAUAAGACCCUUCCCUCCACCACACCUCUGGUACCAAUUUCUAUGACUACAAGUAAAAUUACUUCUGUCGGUGAGAUUCGGGAGUCUGUUGAUAUACAAAUCAAAGAUGUUGUCAAGCUGCCUACAGAUGCAGUAAAAUCUGUUGAGAAACCCAAGUCCCCAACUGAGUUAGCAAAGACAAUUCCAAAAGAAUAUUCAGACGAUGAGACUGAUGAAGAAUUGGGAUCUGUGAAGCCACAAGAAAAACCCAUUCCUUCAACCACUCCUCUUCUGCCAAUUGCAGACAAACCUAUUCAAAAAUCUGACGAUAUACCAAAACCAAUUACUGACAUAAAAGACGAUAAGCCGCAACCUAAAUUAGAUGAGAAGCCCAAGUCUCCUAUUGAUGCAUCUAAGCAAACUCCAAAGGACUAUUCUGACGACGAAAGCGAUGAAAAGACAAGUUUCGAUAAGCCUCAAGAUAAGACCCUUCCCUCCACCACACCUCUGGUACCAAUUUCUAUGACUACAAGUAAAAUUACUUCUGUCGGUGAGAUUCGGGAGUCUGUUGAUAUACAAAUCAAAGAUGUUGUCAAGCUGCCUACAGAUGCAAUAAAAUCUGUUGAGAAACCCAAGUCCCCAACUGAGCUAGCAAAGACGAUUCCAAAAGAAUAUUCAGACGAUGAGAGUGAUGAAGAAUUGGGAUCUGUGAAGCCACAAGAAAAACCCAUUCCUUCAACCACUCCUCUUCUGCCAAUUGCAGACAAACCUAUUAAAAAAUCUGACGAUAUACCAAAACCAAUUACUGACGUAAAAGACGAUAAGCCACAACCUAAAUUAGAUGAGAAGCCCAAGUCUCCUAUUGAUGCAUCUAAGCAAACUCCAAAGGACUAUUCUGACGACGAAAGCGAUGAAAAGACAAGUUUCGAUAAGCCUCAAGAUAAGACCCUUCCCUCCACCACACCUCUGGUACCAGUUUCUAUGACUACAAGUAAAAUUACUUCUGUCAGUGAGACUCGGGAGUCCGUUGAUAUACAAAUCAACGAUGUUGUCAAGCUGCCUAUAGAUGCAGUAAAAUCUGUUGAAAAACCCAAGUCCCCAACUGAGUUAGCAAAGACAAUUCCAAAAGAAUAUUCAGACGAUGAGAGUGAUGAAGAAUUGGGAUCUGUGAAGCCACAAGAAAAACCCAUUCCUUCAACCACUCCUCUUCUGCCAAUUGCAGACAAACCUAUUCAAAAAUCUGACGAUAUACCAAAACCAAUUACUGACGUAAAAGACGAUAAGCCACAACCUAAAUUAGAUGAGAAGCCCAAGUCUCCUAUUGAUGCAUCUAAGCAAACUCCAAAGGACUAUUCUGACGACGAAAGCGAUGAAGAGACAAGUUUCGAUAAGCCUCAAGAUAAGACCCUUCCCUCCACCACACCUCUGGUACCAAUUUCUAUGACUACAAGUAAAAUUACUUCUGUCAGUGAGACUCGGGAGUCCGUUGAUAUACAAAUCAACGAUGUUGUCAAGCUGCCUAUAGAUGCAGUAAAAUCUGUUGAAAAACCCAAGUCCCCAACUGAGUUAGCAAAGACAAUUCCAAAAGAAUAUUCAGACGAUGAGAGUGAUGAAGAAUUGGGAUCUGUGAAGCCACAAGAAAAACCCAUUCCUUCAACCACUCUUCUUUUGCCAAUUGCAGACAAACCUAUUCAAAAAUCUGACGAUAUUCCAAAACCAAUUACUGACGUAAAAGACGAUAAGCCACAACUUAAAUUAGAUGAGAAGCCCAAGUCUCCUAUGGAUGCAUCUAAGCAAACUCCAAAGGACUAUUCUGACGACGAAAGCGAUGAAGAGACAAGUUUCGAUAAGCCUCAAGAUAAGACCCUUCCCUCCACCACACCUCUGGUACCAAUUUCUAUGACUACAAGUAAAAUUACUUCUGUCGGUGAGAUUCGGGAGUCUGUUGAUAUACAAAUCAAAGAUGUUGUCAAGCUGCCUACAGAUGCAAUAAAAUCUGUUGAGAAUCCCAAGUCCCCAACUGAGCUAGCAAAGACAAUUCCAAAACAAUAUUCAGACGAUGAGAGUGAUGAAGAAUUGGGAUCUGUGAAGCCACAAGAAAAACCCAUUCCUUCAACCACUCCUCUUCUGCCAAUUGCAGACAAACCUAUUCAAAAAUCUGACGAUAUACCAAAACCAAUUACUGACGUAAAAGACGAUAAGCCACAACUUAAAUUAUAUGAGAAGCCCAAGUCUCCUAUUGAUGCAUCUAAGCAAACUCCAAAGGACUAUUCUGACGACGAAAGCGAUGAAGAGUCAAGUUUCGAUAAGCCUCAAGAUAAGACCCUUCCCUCCACCACAUCUCUGGUACCAAUUUCUAUGACUACAAGUAAAAUUACUUCUGUCAGUGAGACUCGGGAGUCUGUUGAUAUACAAAUCAAAGAUGUUGUCAAGCUGCCUACAGAUGCAGUAAAAUCUGUUGAGAAACCCAAGUCCCCAAGUGAGCUAGCAAAGACAAUUCCAAAAGGUUAUUCAGACGAUGAGAGUGAUGAACAAUUGGGAUCUGUGAAGCCACAAGAAAAACCCAUUCCUUCAACCACUCCUCUUCUGCCAAUUGCAGACAAACCUAUUCAAAAAUCUGACGAUAUUCCAAAACCAAUUACUGACGUAAAAGACGAUAAGCCACAACUUAAAUUAGAUGAGAAGCCCAAGUCUCCUAUGGAUGCAUCUAAGCAAACUCCAAAGGACUAUUCUGACGACGAAAGCGAUGAAGAGUCAAGUUUCCAAAAGCCUCAAGAUAAGACCCUUCCCUCCACCACACCUCUGGUACCCAUAUCUAUGACUACAAGUAAAAUUACUUCUGUCAGUGAGACUCGGGAGUCUGUUGAUAUACAAAUCAAAGAUGUUGUCAAGCUGCCUACAGAUGCAGUAAAAUCUGUUGAGAAACCCAAGUCCCCAACUGAGCUAGCAAAGACAAUUCCAAAAGAAUAUUCAGACGAUGAGAGUGAUGAAGAAUUGGGAUCUGUGAAGCCACAAGAAAAACCCAUUCCUUCAACCACUCCUCUUCUGCCAAUUGCAGACAAACCUAUUCAAAAAUCUGACGAUAUACCAAAACCAAUUACUGACGUAAAAGACGAUAAGCCACAACCUAAAUUAGAUGAGAAGCCCAAGUCUCCUAUUGAUGCAUCUAAGCAAACUCCAAAGGACUAUUCUGACGACGAAAGCGAUGAAAAGACAAGUUUCGAUAAGCCUCAAGAUAAGACCCUUCCCUCCACCACACCUCUGGUACCAAUUUCUAUGACUACAAGUAAAAUUACUUCUGUCGGUGAGAUUCGGGAGUCUGUUGAUAUACAAAUCAAAGAUGUUGUCAAGCUGCCUACAGAUGCAAUAAAAUCUGUUGAGAAACCCAAGUCCCCAACUGAGCUAGCAAAGACGAUUCCAAAACAAUAUUCAGACGAUGAGAGUGAUGAAGAAUUGGGAUCUGUGAAGCCACAAGAAAAACCCAUUCCUUCAACCACUCCUCUUCUGCCAAUUGCAGACAAACCUAUUCAAAAAUCUGACGAUAUACCAAAACCAAUUACUGACGUAAAAGACGAUAAGCCACAACCUAAAUUAGAUGAGAAGCCCAAGUCUCCUAUUGAUGCAUCUAAGCAAACUCCAAAGGACUAUUCUGACGACGAAAGCGAUGAAAAGACAAGUUUCGAUAAGCCUCAAGAUAAGACCCUUCCCUCCACCACACCUCUGGUACCAAUUUCUAUGACUACAAGUAAAAUUACUUCUGUCGGUGAGAUUCGGGAGUCUGUUGAUAUACAAAUCAAAGAUGUUGUCAAGCUGCCUACAGAUGCAAUAAAAUCUGUUGAGAAACCCAAGUCCCCAACUGAGCUAGCAAAGACGAUUCCAAAACAAUAUUCAGACGAUGAGAGUGAUGAAGAAUUGGGAUCUGUGAAGCCACAAGAAAAACCCAUUCCUUCAACCACUCCUCUUCUGCCAAUUGCAGACAAACCUAUUCAAAAAUCUGACGAUAUACCAAAACCAAUUACUGACGUAAAAGACGAUAAGCCACAACCUAAAUUAGAUGAGAAGCCCAAGUCUCCUAUUGAUGCAUCUAAGCAAACUCCAAAGGACUAUUCUGACGACGAAAGCGAUGAAAAGACAAGUUUCGAUAAGCCUCAAGAUAAGACCCUUCCCUCCACCACACCUCUGGUACCACUUUCUAUGACUACAAGUAAAAUUACUUCUGUCAGUGAGACUCGGGAGUCCGUUGAUAUACAAAUCAACGAUGUUGUCAAGCUGCCUAUAGAUGCAGUAAAAUCUGUUGAAAAACCCAAGUCCCCAACUGAAUUAGCAAAGACAAUUCCAAAAGAAUAUUCAGACGAUGAGAGUGAUGAAGAAUUGGGAUCUGUGAAGCCACAAGAAAAACCCAUUCCUUCAACCACUCCUCUUUUGCCAAUUGCAGACAAACCUAUUCAAAAAUCUGACGAUAUUCCAAAACCAAUUACUGACGUAAAAGACGAUAAGCCAAAACCUAAAUUAGAUGAGAAGCCCAAGUCUCCUAUGGAUGCAUCUAAGCAAACUCCAAAGGACUAUUCUGACGACGAAAGCGAUGAAGAGACAAGUUUCGAUAAGCCUCAAGAUAAGACCCUUCCCUCCACCACACCUCUGGUACCAAUUUCUAUGACUACAAGUAAAAUUACUUCUGUCGGUGAGAUUCGGGAGUCUGUUGAUAUACAAAUCAAAGAUGUUGUCAAGCUGCCUACAGAUGCAAUAAAAUCUGUUGAGAAACCCAAGUCCCCAACUGAGCUAGCAAAGACAAUUCCAAAAGAAUAUUCAGACGAUGAGAGUGAUGAAGAAUUGGGAUCUGUGAAGCCACAAGAAAAACCCAUUCCUUCAACCACUCCUCUUCUGCCAAUUGCAGACAAACCUAUUCAAAAAUCUGACUAUAUUCCAAAACCAAUUACUGACGUAAAAGACGAUAAGCCACAACCUAAAUUAGAUGAGAAGCCCAAGUCUCCUAUGGAUGCAUCUAAGCAAACUCCAAAGGACUAUUCUGACGUCGAAAGCGAUGAAAAGACAAGUUUCGAUAAGCCUCAAGAUAAGACCCUUCCCUCCACCACACCUCUGGUACCAAUUUCUAUGACUACAAGUAAAAUUACUUCUGUCAGUGAGACUCGGGAGUCUGUUGAUAUACAAAUCAAAGAUGUUGUCAAGCUGCCUACAGAUGCAGUAAAAUCUGUUGAGAAACCCAAGUCCCCAACUGAGCUAGCAAAGACAAUUCCAAAAGAAUAUUCAGACGAUGAGAGUGAUGAAGAAUUGGGAUCUGUGAAGCCACAAGAAAAACCCAUUCCUUCAACCACUCCUCUUCUGCCAAUUGCAGACAAACCUAUUCAAAAAUCUGACGAUAUUCCAAAACCAAUUACUGACGUAAAAGACGAUAAGCCACAACUUAAAUUAGAUGAGAAGCCCAAGUCUCCUAUGGAUGCAUCUAAGCAAACUCCAAAGGACUAUUCUGACGACGAAAACGAUGAAGAGACAAGUUUCGAUAAGCCUCAAGAUAAGACCCUUCCCUCCACCACACCUCUGGUACCAAUUUCUAUGACUACAAGUAAAAUUACUUCUGUCGGUGAGAUUCGGGAGUCUGUUGAUAUACAAAUCAAAGAUGUUGUCAAGCUGCCUACAGAUGCAAUAAAAUCUGUUGAGAAACCCAAGUCCCCAACUGAGCUAGCAAAGACAAUUCCAAAAGAAUAUUCAGACGAUGAGAGUGAUGAAGAAUUGGGAUCUGUGAAGCCACAAGAAAAACCCAUUCCUUCAACCACUCCUCUUCUGCCAAUUGCAGACAAACCUAUUCAAAAAUCUGACGAUAUUCCAAAACCAAUUACUGACAUAAAAGACGAUAAGCCACAACUUAAAUUAGAUGAGAAGCCCAAGUCUCCUAUUGAUGCAUCUAAGCAAACUCCAAAGGACUAUUCUGACGACGAAAGCGAUGAAGAGACAAGUUUCGAUAAGCCCCAAAAUAAGACCCUUCCCUCCACUACACCUCAGGUACCACUUUCUAUGACUACAAGUAAAAUUACUUCUGUCAGUGAGACUCGGGAGUCUGUUGAUAUACAAAUCAAAGAUGUUGUCAAGCUGCCUACAGAUGCAGUAAAAUCUGUUGAGAAACCCAAGUCCCCAACUGAGCUAGCAAAGACAAUUCCAAAAGAAUAUUCAGACGAUGAGAGUGAUGAAGAAUUGGGAUCUGUGAAGCCACAAGAAAAACCCAUUCCUUCAACCACUCCUCUUUUGCCAAUUGCAGACAAACCUAUUCAAAAAUCUGACGAUAUUCCAAAACCAAUUACUGACGUAAAAGACGAUAAGCCACAACUUAAAUUUGAUGAGAAGCCCAAGUCUCCUAUGGAUGCAUCUAAGCAAACUCCAAAGGACUAUUCUGACGACGAAAGCGAUGAAGAGUCAAGUUUCCAAAAGCCUCAAGAUAAGACCCUUCCCUCCACUACACCUCUGGUACCACUUUCUAUGACUACACGUAAAAUUACUUCUGUCAGUGAGACUCGGGAGUCUGUUGAUAUACAAAUCAAAGAUGUUGUCAAGCUACCUACAGAUGCCGUAAAAUCUGAAAAACCCAAGUCCCCAACUAAGUUAGCAAAGACAAUUCCAAAACAAUAUUCAGACGAUGAGAGUGAUGAAGAAUUGGGAUCUGUGAAGCCACAAGAAAAACCCAUUCCUUCAACCACUCCUCUUUUGCCAAUUGCAGACAAACCUAUUCAAAAAUCUGACGAUAUUCCAAAACCAAUUACUGACGUAAAAGACGAUAAGCCAAAACCUAAAUUAGAUGAGAAGCCCAAGUCUCCUAUGGAUGCAUCUAAGCAAACUCCAAAGGACUAUUCUGACGACGAAAGCGAUGAAGAGACAAGUUUCGAUAAGCCUCAAGAUAAGACCCUUCCCUCCACCACACCUCUGGUACCAAUUUCUAUGACUACAAGUAAAAUUACUUCUGUCGGUGAGAUUCGGGAGUCUGUUGAUAUACAAAUCAAAGAUGUUGUCAAGCUGCCUAUAGAUGCAGUAAAAUCUGUUGAAAAACCCAAGUCCCCAACUGAGUUAGCAAAGACAAUUCCAAAACAAUAUUCAGACGAUGAGAGUGAUGAAGAAUUGGGAUCUGUGAAGCCACAAGAAAAACCCAUUCCUUCAACCACUCCUCUUUUGCCAAUUGCAGACAAACCUAUUCAAAAAUCUGACGAUAUUCCAAAACCAAUUACUGACGUAAAAGACGAUAAGCCACAACUUAAAUUAGAUGAGAAGCCCAAGUCUCCUAUGGAUGCAUCUAAGCAAACUCCAAAGGACUAUUCUGACGACGAAAGCGAUGAAGAGACAAGUUUCGAUAAGCCUCAAGAUAAGACCCUUCCCUCCACCACACCUCUGGUACCAAUUUCUAUGACUACAAGUAAAAUUACUUCUGUCGGAGAGAUUCGGGAGUCUGUUGAUAUACAAAUCAAAGAUGUUGUCAAGCUGCCUACAGAUGCAAUAAAAUCUGUUGAGAAACCCAAGUCCCCAACUGAGCUAGCAAAGACAAUUCCAAAAGAAUAUUCAGACGAUGAGAGUGAUGAAGAAUUGGGAUCUGUGAAGCCACAAGAAAAACCCAUUCCUUCAACCACUCCUCUUCUGCCAAUUGCAGACAAACCUAUUCAAAAAUCUGACGAUAUUCCAAAACCAAUUACUGACGUAAAAGACGAUAAGCCACAACCUAAAUUAGAUGAGAAGCCCAAGUCUCCUAUUGAUGCAUCUAAGCAAACUCCAAAGGACUAUUCUGACGACGAAAGCGAUGAAGAGACAAGUUUCGAUAAGCCCCAAAAUAAGACCCUUCCCUCCACUACACCUCAGGUACCACUUUCUAUGACUACAAGUAAAAUUACUUCUGUCAGUGAGACUCGGGAGUCUGUUGAUAUACAAAUCAAAGAUGUUGUCAAGCUGCCUACAGAUGCAGUAAAAUCUGUUGAGAAACCCAAGUCCCCAACUGAGCUAGCAAAGACAAUUCCAAAAGAAUAUUCAGACGAUGAGAGUGAUGAAGAAUUGGGAUCUGUGAAGCCACAAGAAAAACCCAUUCCUUCAACCACUCCUCUUUUGCCAAUUGCAGACAAACCUAUUCAAAAAUCUGACGAUAUUCCAAAACCAAUUACUGACGUAAAAGACGAUAAGCCACAACUUAAAUUAGAUGAGAAGCCCAAGUCUCCUAUGGAUGCAUCUAAGCAAACUCCAAAGGACUAUUCUGACGACGAAAGCGAUGAAGAGACAAGUUUCGAUAAGCCUCAAGAUAAGACCCUUCCCUCCACCACACCUCUGGUACCAAUUUCUAUGACUACAAGUAAAAUUACUUCUGUCGGUGAGAUUCGGGAGUCUGUUGAUAUACAAAUCAAAGAUGUUGUCAAGCUGCCUACAGAUGCAGUAAAAUCUGUUGAGAAACCCAAGUCCCCAACUGAGCUAGCAAAGACAAUUCCAAAAGAAUAUUCAGACGAUGAGAGUGAUGAAGAAUUGGGAUCUGUGAAGCCACAAGAAAAACCCAUUCCUUCAACCACUCCUCUUUUGCCAAUUGCAGACAAACCUAUUCAAAAAUCUGACGAUAUUCCAAAACCAAUUACUGACGUAAAAGACGAUAAGCCACAACUUAAAUUAGAUGAGAAGCCCAAGUCUCCUAUGGAUGCAUCUAAGCAAACUCCAAAGGACUAUUCUGACGACGAAAGCGAUGAAGAGACAAGUUUCGAUAAGCCUCAAGAUAAGACCCUUCCCUCCACCACACCUCUGGUACCAAUUUCUAUGACUACAAGUAAAAUUACUUCUGUCGGUGAGAUUCGGGAGUCUGUUGAUAUACAAAUCAAAGAUGUUGUCAAGCUGCCUACAGAUGCAAUAAAAUCUGUUGAGAAACCCAAGUCCCCAACUGAGCUAGCAAAGACAAUUCCAAAAGAAUAUUCAGACGAUGAGAGUGAUGAAGAAUUGGGAUCUGUGAAGCCACAAGAAAAACCCAUUCCUUCAACCACUCCUCUUCUGCCAAUUGCAGACAAACCUAUUCAAAAAUCUGACGAUAUUCCAAAACCAAUUACUGACACAAAAGACGAUAAGCCACAACUUAAAUUAGAUGAGAAGCCCAAGUCUCCUAUUGAUGCAUCUAAGCAAACUCCAAAGGACUAUUCUGACGACGAAAGCGAUGAAGAGACAAGUUUCGAUAAGCCCCAAAAUAAGACCCUUCCCUCCACUACACCUCUGGUACCACUUUCUAUGACUACAAGUAAAAUUACUUCUGUCAGUGAGACUCGGGAGUCUGUUGAUAUACAAAUCAAAGAUGUUGUCAAGCUGCCUACAGAUGCAGUAAAAUCUGUUGAGAAACCCAAGUCCCCAACUGAGUUAGCACAGACAAUUCCAAAAGAAUAUUCAGACGAUGAGAGUGAUGAAGAAUUGGGUUCUGUGAAGCCACAAGAAAAACCCAUUCCUUCAACCACUCCUCUUCUGCCAAUUGCAGACAAACCUAUUCAAAAAUCUGACGAUAUUCCAAAACCAAUUACUGACAUAAAAGACGAUAAGCCACAACUUAAAUUAGAUGAGAAGCCCAAGUCUCCUAUGGAUGCAUCUAAGCAAACUCCAAAGGACUAUUCUGACGACGAAAGCGAUGAAGAGACAAGUUUCGAUAAGCCCCAAAAUAAGACCCUUCCCUCCACUACACCUCUGGUACCAGUUUCUGUGACUACAAGUAAGAUUAAUUCUGUCAGUGAGACUCGGGAGUCUGUUGAUAUACAACUAAAAGAUGUUGUCAAGCUGCCUACAGAUGCAAUAAAAUCUGUUGAGAAACCCAAGUCCCCAACUGAGCUAGCAAAGACAAUUCCAAAAGAAUAUUCAGACGAUGAGAGUGAUGAAGAAUUGGGAUCUGUGAAGCCACAAGAAAAACCCAUUCCUUCAACCACUCCUCUUCUGCCAAUUGCAGACAAACCUAUUCAAAAAUCUGACGAUAUACCAAAACCAAUUACUGACGUAAAAGACGAUAAGCCACAACCUAAAUUAGAUGAGAAGCCCAAGUCUCCUAUUGAUGCAUCUAAGCAAACUCCAAAGGACUAUUCUGACGACGAAAGCGAUGAAAAGACAAGUUUCGAUAAGCCUCAAGAUAAGACCCUUCCCUCCACCGCACCUCUGGUACCACUUUCUAUGACUACAAGUAAAAUUACUUCUGUCAGUGAGACUCGGGAGUCUGUUGAUAUACAAAUCAAAGAUGUUGUCAAGCUGCCUACAGAUGCAGUAAAAUCUGUUGAGAAACCCAAGUCCCCAACUGAGUUAGCACAGACAAUUCCAAAAGAAUAUUCAGACGAUGAGAGUGAUGAAGAAUUGGGUUCUGUGAAGCCACAAGAAAAACCCAUUCCUUCAACCACUCCUCUUCUGCCAAUUGCAGACAAACCUAUUCAAAAAUCUGACGAUAUUCCAAAACCAAUUACUGACAUAAAAGACGAUAAGCCACAACUUAAAUUAGAUGAGAAGCCCAAGUCUCCUAUGGAUGCAUCUAAGCAAACUCCAAAGGACUAUUCUGACGACGAAAGCGAUGAAGAGACAAGUUUCGAUAAGCCCCAAAAUAAGACCCUUCCCUCCACCACACCUCUGGUACCAGUUUCUGUGACUACAAGUAAGAUUAAUUCUGUCAGUGAGACUCGGGAGUCUGUUGAUAUACAACUAAAAGAUGUUGUCAAGCUGCCUACAAAUGCAGUAAAAUCUGUUGAGAAACCCAAGUCCCCAACUGAGUUAGCAAAGACAAUUCCAAAAGAAUAUUCAGACGAUGAGAGUGAUGAAGAAUUGGGAUAUGUGAAGCCACAAGAAAAACCCAUUCCUUCAACCAUUCCUCUUCUGCCAAUUGCAGACAAACCUAUUCAAAAAUCUGACGAUAUUCCAAAACCAAUUACUGACGUAAAAGACGAUAAGCCACAACCUAAAUUAGAUGAGAAGCCCAAGUCUCCUAUUGAUGCAUCUAAGCAAACUCCAAAGGACUAUUCUGACGAUGAAAGCGAUGAAGAGUCAAGUUUCCAAAAGCCUCAAGAUAAGACCCUUCCCUCCACCACAACUCUGGUACCAAUUUCUAUGACUACAAGUAAAAUUACUUCUGUCGGUGAGAUUCGGGAGUCUGUUGAUAUACAAAUCAAAGAUGUUGUCAAGCUGCCUACAGAUGCAGUAAAAUCUGUUGAGAAACCCAAGUCCCCAACUGAGUUAGCAAAGACAAUUCCAAAAGAAUAUUCAGACGAUGAGAGUGAUGAAGAAUUGGGAUAUGUGAAGCCACAAGAAAAACCUAUUCCUUCAACCACUCCUCUUUUGCCAAUUGCAGACAAACCUAUUCAAAAAUCUGACGAUAUUCCAAAACCAAUUACUGACAUAAAAGACAAUAAGCCACAACUUAAAUUAGAUGAGAAGCCCAAGUCUCCUAUUGAUGCAUCUAAGCAAUCUCCAAAGGACUAUUCUGACGACGAAAGCGAUGAAGAGACAAGUUUCGAUAAGCCCCAAAAUAAGACCCUUCCCUCCACCACACCUCUGGUACCAGUUUCUGUGACUACAAGUAAAAUUACUUCUGUCAGUGAGACUCGGGAGCCUCUUGAUAUACAACUAAAAGAUGUUGUCAAGCUGCCUACAGAUGCAGUAAAAUCUGUUGAGAAACCCAAGUCCCCAACUGAGUUAGCAAAGACAAUUCCAAAAGAAUAUUCAGACGAUGAGAGUGAUGAAGAAUUGGGAUCUGUGAAGCCACAAGAAAACCCCAUUCCUUCAACCACUCCUCUUCUGCCAAUUGCAGACAAACCUAUUCAAAAAUCUGACGAUAUACCAAAACCAAUUACUGACGUAAAAGACGAUAAGCCACAACCUAAAUUAGAUGAGAAGCCCAAGUCUCCUAUUGAUGCAUCUAAGCAAACUCCAAAGGACUAUUCUGACGACGAAAGCGAUGAAGAGACAAGUUUCGAUAAGCUUCAAGAUAAGACCCUUCCCUCCACCACACCUCUGGUAACAAUUGUGGCUGUGAAGCCAGAAGAAAAACCCAUUCCUUCAACCACUCCUCUUCUGCCCAUUGCAGACAAACCUAUUCAAAAAUCUGACGAUAUACCAAAACCAAUUACUGACGUAAAAGACGAUAAGCCACAACCUAAAUUAGAUGAGAAGCCCAAGUCUCCUAUUGAUGCAUCUAAGCAAACUCCAAAGGACUAUUCUGACGACGAAAGCGAUGAAGAGACAAGUUUCGAUAAGCCUCAAGAUAAGACCCUUCCCUCCACCACACCUCUGGUACCAAUUUCUAUGACUACAGGUAAAAUUACUUCUGUCAGUCAGAUUCGGGAGUCUGUUGAUAUACAAAUCAAAGACGUUGUCAAGCUGCCUACAGAUGCAGUAAAAUCUGUUGAGAAACCCAAGUCCCCAACUGAGUUAGCAAAGACAAUUCCAAAACAAUAUUCAGACGAUGAGAGUGAUGAAGAAUUGGGAUAUGUGAAGCCACAAGAAAAACCCAUUCCUUCAACCACUCCUCUUCUGCCAAUUGCAGACAAACCUAUUCAAAAAUCUGACGAUAUUCCAAAACCAAUUACUGACAUAAAAGACGAUAAGCCACAACUUAAAUUAGAUGAGAAGCCCAAGUCUCUUAUGGAUGCAUCUAAGCAAACUCCAAAGGACUAUUCUGACGACGAAAGCGAUGAAGAGACAAGUUUCGAUAAGCCCCAAAAUAAGACCCUUCCCUCCACCACACCUCUGGUACCAAUUUCUAUGACUACAAGUAAAAUUACUUCUGUCAGUGAGACUCGGGAGUCUGUUGAUAUACAAAUCAAAGAUGUUGUCAAGCUGCCGACAGAUGCAAUAAAAUCUGUUGAGAAACCCAAGUCCCCAACUGAGUUAGCAAAGACAAUUCAAAAAGAAUAUUCUGACGAUGAGAGUGAUGAAGAAUUGGGAUCUGUGAAGCCACAAGAAAAACCCAUUCCUUCAACCACUCCUCUUCUGCCAAUUGCAGACAAACCUAUUCAUAAAUCUGACGAUAUUCCAAAACGAAUUACUGACGUAAAAGACGAUACGCCACAACUUAAAUUAGAUGAGAAGCCCAAGUCUCCUAUGGAUGCAUCUAAGCAAGCUCCAAAAGACUAUUCUGAUGACGAAAGCGAUGAAGAGUCAAGUUUCCAAAAGCCUCAAGAUAAGACCCUUCCCUCCACUACACCUCUGGUACCACUUUCUAUGACUACAAGUAAAAUUACUUCUGUCAGUGAGACUCGGGAGUCUGUUGAUAUACAAAUCAAAGAUGUUAUCAAGCUGCCGACAGAUGCAGUAAACUCUGUUGAGAAACCCAAGUCCCCAACUGAGUUAGCAAAGACAAUUCCAAAAGAAUAUUCAGACGAUGAGAGUGAUGAAGAAUUGGGAUCUGUGAAGCCACAAGUAAAACCCAUUCCUUCAACCACUCCUCUUCUGCCAAUUGCAGACAAACCUAUUCAAAAAUCUGACGAUAUUCCAAAACCAAUUACUGACGUAAAAGACGAUAAGCCACAACCUAAAUUAGAUGAGAAGCUUAAGUCUCCUAUGAAUGCAUCUAAGCAAACUCCAAAGGACUAUUCUAACGACGAAAGCGAUGAAGAGUCAAGUUUUGCUAAGCUUCAAGAUAAGACCCUUUCCUCCACUACACCUCUGGUACCACUUUCUAUGACUACAAGUAAAAUUACUUCUGUCAGUGAGAUACGAGAUUCCGUUGAUAUACAAAUCAAAGAUGUUGUCAAGCUGCCUACAGAUGCAGUAAAAUCUGUUGAGAAACCCAAGUCCCCAACUGAGUUAGCAAAGACAAUUCCAAAAGAAUAUUCAGACGAUGAGAGUGAUGAUGAAUUGGGAUCUGUGAAGCCACAAGAAAAACCCAUUUCUUCAACCAUUCCUCUUCUGCCAAUUGCAGACAAACCUAUUCAAAAAUCUGACGAUAUUCCAAAACCAAUUACUGACGUAAAAGACGAUAAGCCACAACCUAAAUUAGAUGAGAAGCCCAAGUCUCCUAUGGAUGCAUCUAAGCAAACUCCAAAGGACUAUUCUGACGACGAAAGCGAUGAAGAGUCAAGUUUUGAUAAGCCCCAAAAUAAGACCCUUUCCUCCACUACACCUCUGGUACCACUUUCUAUGACUACAAGUAAAAUUACUUCUGUCAGUGAGACUCGGGAGUCUGUUGAUAUGCAAAUCAACGAUGUUGUCAAGCUGCCUACAAAUGCAGUAAAAUCUGUUGAGAAACCCAAGUCCCCAACUGAGUUAGCAAAGACAAUUCCAAAACAAUAUUCAGACGAUGAGAGUGAUGAAGAAUUGGGAUAUGUGAAGCCACAAGAAAAACCCAUUUCUUCAACCAUUCCUCUUCUGCCAAUUGCAGACAAGGCUAUUCAAAAAUCUGACGAUAUUCCAAAACCAAUUACUGACGUAAAAGACGAUAAGCCACAACUUAAAUUAGAUGAGAAGCCCAAGUCUCCUAUUGAUGCAUCUAAGCAAACUCCAAAGGACUAUUCUGACGACGAAAGCGAUGAAGAGUCAAGUUUCGAAAAGCCUCAAGAUAAGACCCUUCCCUCCACUACACCUCUGGUACCACUUUCUAUGACUACAAGUAAAAUUACUUCUGUCAGUGAGACUCGGGAGUCUGUUGAUAUACAAAUCAAAGAUGUUGUCAAGCUGCCGACAGAUGCAGUAAAAUCUGUUGAGAAACCCAAGUCCCCAACUGAGUUAGCAAAAACAAUUCCAAAAGAAUAUUCAGACGAUGAGAGUGAUGAAGAAUUGGGAUCUGUGAAGCCACAAGAAAAACCCAUUUCUUCAACCACUCCUCUUCUGCCAAUUGCAGACAAACCUAUUCAAAAAUCUGACGAUAUUCCAAAACCAAUUACUGACGUAAAAGACGAUAAGCCACAACUUAAAUUAGAUGAGAAGCCCAAGUCUCCUAUGGAUGCAUCUAAGCAAACUCCAAAGGACUAUUCUGACGACGAAAGCGAUGAAGAGACAAGUUUCGAUAAGCCCCAAAAUAAGACCCUUCCCUCCACUACACCUCUGGUACCACUUUCUAUGACUACAAGUAAAAUUACUUCUGUCAGUGAGACUCGGGAGUCUGUUGAUAUACAAAUCAAAGAUGUUGUCAAGCUGCCUACAGAUGCAGUAAAAUCUGUUGAGAAACCCAAGUCCCCAACUGAGUUAGCAAAGAUAAUUCCAAAAGAAUAUUCUGACGAUGAGAGUGAUGAAGAAUCUGUGAAGCCACAAGAAAAACCCAUUCCUUCAACCACUCCUCUUCUGCCAAUUGCAGACAAACCUAUUCAAAAAUCUGACGAUAUUCCAAAACCAAUUACUGACGUAAAAGACGAUAAGCCACAACUUAAAUUAGAUGAGAAGCCCAAGUCUCCUAUGGAUGCAUCUAAGCAAACUCGAAAGGACUAUUCUGACGACGAAAGCGAUGAAGAGUCAAGUUUCCAAAAGCCUCAAGAUAAGACCCUUCCCUCCACUACACCUCUGGUACCACUUUCUAUGACUACAAGUAAAAUUACUUCUGUCAGUGAGACUCGGGAGUCUGUUGAUAUACAAAUCAAAGAUGUUGUCAAGCUGCCGACAGAUGCAGUAAAAUCUGUUGAGAAACCCAAGUCCCCAACUGAGUUAGCAAAGACAAUUCCAAAAGAAUAUUCAGACGAUGAGAGUGAUGAAGAAUUGGGAUAUGUGAAGCCACAAGAAAAACCCAUUUCUUCAACCAUUCCUCUUCUGCCAAUUGCAGACAAACCUAUUCAAAAAUCUGACGAUAUUCCAAAACCAAUUACUGACGUAAAAGACGAUAAGCCACAACUUAAAUUAGAUGAGAAGCCCAAGUCUCCUAUGGAUGCAUCUAAGCAAACUCCAAAGGACUAUUCUGACGACGAAAGCGAUGAAGAGUCAAGUUUUGAUAAGCCUCAAGAUAAGACCCUUCCCUCCACUACACCACUGGUACCACUUUCUAUGACUACAAGUAAAAUUACUUCUGUCAGUGAGAUACGAGAUUCCGUUGAUAUACAAAUCAAAGAUGUUGUCAAGCUGCCUACAGAUGCAGUAAAGUCUGUUGAAAAACCCAAGUCCCCAACUGAGUUAGCAAAGACAAUUCCAAAAGAAUAUUCUGACGAUGAGAGUGAUGAAGAAUUGGGAUCUGUGAAGCCACAAGAAAAACUUAUUUCUUCAACCACUCCUCUUUUGCCAAUUGCAGACAAACCUAUUCAAAAAUCUGACGAUAUUCCAAAACCAAUUACUGACGUAAAAGACGAUAAGCCACAACCUAAGUUAGAUGAGAAGCCCAAGUCUCCUAUGGAUGCAUCUAAGCAAACUCCAAAGCACUAUUCUGACGACGAAUGCGAUGAAGAGUCAAGUUUCGAAAAGCCUCAAGAUAAGACCCUUCCCUCCACUACACCUCUGGUACCACUUUCUAUGACUACAAGUAAAAUUACUUCUGUCAGUGAGACUCAAGAUUCCGUUGAUAUACAAAUCAAAGAUGUUGUCAAGCUGCCUACAGAUGCAAUAAAAUCUGUUGAGAAACCCAAGUCCCCAACUGAGUUAGCAAAGACAAUUCCAAAACAAUAUUCAGACGAUGAGAGUGAUGAAGAAUUGGGAUCUGUGAAGCCACAAGAAAAACCCAUUCCUUCAACCACUCCUCUUCUGCCAAUUGCAGACAAACCUAUUCAAAAAUCUGACGAUAUUCCAAAACCAAUUACUGACGUAAAAGACGAUAAGCCACAACCUAAAUUAGAUGAGAAGCCCAAGUCUCCUAUGGAUGCAUCUAAGCAAACUCCAAAGGACUAUUCUGACGACGAAAGCGAUGAAGAGACAAGUUUCCAAAAGCCUCAAGAUAAGACCCUUCCCUCCACUACACCUCUGGUACCACUUUCUAUGACUACAAGUAAAAUUACUUCUGUCAGUGAGACUCGGGAGUCUGUUGAUAUACAAAUCAAAGAUGUUGUCAAGCUACCUACAGAUGCAGUAAAGUCUGUUGAGAAACCCAAGUCUCCAACUGAGUUAGCAAAGACAAUUCCAAAAGAAUAUUCAGACGAUGAGAGUGAUGAAGAAUUGGGAUCUGUGAAGCCACAAGAAAAACCCAUUUCUUCAACCACUCCUCUUCUGCCAAUUGCAGACAAACCUAUUCAAAAAUCUGACGAUAUUCCAAAACCAAUUACUGACGUAAAAGACGAUAAGCCACAACUUAAAUUAGAUGAGAAGCCUAAGUCUCCUAUGGAUGCAUCUAAGCAAACUCCAAAGGACUAUUCUGACGACGAAAGCGAUGAAGAGACAAGUUUCGAUAAGCUUCAAGAUAAGACCCUUCCCUCCACCACACCUCAGGUACCACUUUCUAUGACUACAAGUAAAAUUACAUCUGUCAAUGAGACUCGGGAGUCUGUUGAUAUACAAAUCAAAGAUGUUGUCAAGCUACCUACAGAUGCAGUAAAAUCUGUUGAGAAACCCAAGUCCCCAACUGAGUUAGCAAAGACAAUUCCAAAAGAAUAUUCAGACGAUGAGAGUGAUGAAGAAUUGGGAUAUGUGAAGCCACAAGAAAAACCCAUUUCUUCAACCAUUCCUCUUCUGCCAAUUGCAGACAAACCUAUUCAAAAAUCUGACGAUAUUCCAAAACCAAUUACUGACGUAAAAGACGAUAAGCCACAACUUAAAUUAGAUGAGAAGCCCAAGUCUCCUAUGGAUGCAUCUAAGCAAACUCCAAAGGACUAUUCUGACGACGAAAGCGAUGAAGAGUCAAGUUUUGAUAAGCCUCAAGAUAAGACCCUUCCCUCCACUACACCACUGGUACCACUUUCUAUGACUACAAGUAAAAUUACUUCUGUCAGUGAGAUACGAGAUUCCGUUGAUAUACAAAUCAAAGAUGUUGUCAAGCUGCCUACAGAUGCAGUAAAGUCUGUUGAAAAACCCAAGUCCCCAACUGAGUUAGCAAAGACAAUUCCAAAAGAAUAUUCUGACGAUGAGAGUGAUGAAGAAUUGGGAUCUGUGAAGCCACAAGAAAAACUUAUUUCUUCAACCACUCCUCUUUUGCCAAUUGCAGACAAACCUAUUCAAAAAUCUGACGAUAUUCCAAAACCAAUUACUGACGUAAAAGACGAUAAGCCACAACCUAAGUUAGAUGAGAAGCCCAAGUCUCCUAUGGAUGCAUCUAAGCAAACUCCAAAGCACUAUUCUGACGACGAAUGCGAUGAAGAGUCAAGUUUCGAAAAGCCUCAAGAUAAGACCCUUCCCUCCACUACACCUCUGGUACCACUUUCUAUGACUACAAGUAAAAUUACUUCUGUCAGUGAGACUCAAGAUUCCGUUGAUAUACAAAUCAAAGAUGUUGUCAAGCUGCCUACAGAUGCAAUAAAAUCUGUUGAGAAACCCAAGUCCCCAACUGAGUUAGCAAAGACAAUUCCAAAACAAUAUUCAGACGAUGAGAGUGAUGAAGAAUUGGGAUCUGUGAAGCCACAAGAAAAACCCAUUCCUUCAACCACUCCUCUUCUGCCAAUUGCAGACAAACCUAUUCAAAAAUCUGACGAUAUUCCAAAACCAAUUACUGACGUAAAAGACGAUAAGCCACAACUUAAAUUAGAUGAGAAGCCCAAGUCUCCUAUGGAUGCAUCUAAGCAAACUCCAAAGGACUAUUCUGACGACGAAAGCGAUGAAGAGACAAGUUUCCAAAAGCCUCAAGAUAAGACCCUUCCCUCCACUACACCUCUGGUACCACUUUCUAUGACUACAAGUAAAAUUACUUCUGUCAGUGAGACUCGGGAGUCUGUUGAUAUACAAAUCAAAGAUGUUGUCAAGCUACCUACAGAUGCAGUAAAGUCUGUUGAGAAACCCAAGUCUCCAACUGAGUUAGCAAAGACAAUUCCAAAAGAAUAUUCAGACGAUGAGAGUGAUGAAGAAUUGGGAUCUGUGAAGCCACAAGAAAAACCCAUUUCUUCAACCACUCCUCUUCUGCCAAUUGCAGACAAACCUAUUCAAAAAUCUGACGAUAUUCCAAAACCAAUUACUGACGUAAAAGACGAUAAGCCACAACUUAAAUUAGAUGAGAAGCCCAAGUCUCCUAUGGAUGCAUCUAAGCAAACUCCAAAGGACUAUUCUGACGACGAAAGCGAUGAAGAGACAAGUUUCGAUAAGCUUCAAGAUAAGACCCUUCCCUCCACCACACCUCAGGUACCACUUUCUAUGACUACAAGUAAAAUUACAUCUGUCAAUGAGACUCGGGAGUCUGUUGAUAUACAAAUCAAAGAUGUUGUCAAGCUACCUACAGAUGCAGUAAAAUCUGUUGAGAAACCCAAGUCAUCAACUGAGUUAGCAGAGACAACUCCAAAAGAUUAUUCAGACGAUGAGAGUGAUGAAGAAUUGGGAUCUGUGAAGCCACAAGAAAAACCCAUUUCUUCAACUAUUCCUCUUCUGCCAAUUUCAGACAAACCUAUUCAAAAAUCUGACGAUAUUCCAAAACCAAUUACUGACGUAGAAGACGAUAAGCCACAACCUAAAUUAGAUGAGAAGCCCAAGUCUCCUUUGGAUGCAUCUAAACAAACUCCAAAGGACUAUUCUGACGACGAAAGCAAUGAAGAGACACGUUCCUAUAAGCCUCAAGAUAAGAACCUUCCCUCCACCACACCUCUGGUACCAAUUUCUAUGACUACAAGUAAAAUUACUUCUGUCAGAGAGACUCGGGAGUCUGUUGAUAUACAAAUCAAAGAUGUUAUCAAGCAGCCUACAGAUGCAGUAAAAUCUGCUGAGAAAUCCAAAUCUCCAGCUAAUUUUGCAAUCUUGGCUCAUAAAGAAUUUUCAGAUGUCGCGGUUGAUGAAAGUUUUGGAGCUGUUAUUUCACAACACAAUUCAUGUCCCUUAACAAUACCUUUGUGUCCUAUAUCAGGAAAGUCAAUAUCAUUAGUUAAUGCCAUACAUUCUUCAGAAGAAGUAUUUUCUGAGGUAGUUCCGGAUAUAUAUGAUACAAGAUCUGUGCAACAAAUAGUUGAAGAGACUUUAAGAGCCGGUGAUGAGGAGGCAGAGAAAAUUGUCAAUGAAACUCUUAAAAGUCUGCAGGGUCGUAAAGAACUAGAUCAGAAAGAUGAUAUAUUUAUCGAAUUAGCCGAAAGUGAACGGUCAGUUGAUGAAAUUGUAGAAGAUACUUUAAAAAAUGCAAAUAUUAUAUUAGGAGAAAAGGCUUCUGGGGUUAAUCAGUUGAAGGAUGAAAUAAUUUCACAGGACAGAAAAAAUGUUGAGUGCAAAGAAGUUCGACCUGUUGCCUAUUUUGUGAAGUUAGACGACACAGGUAUAGAUGUAGUACCAAAUAAAUUGAAGGAAACGAAGACUCCAAUUACAAAACCAAAACUUAUAAGCAAUGUCAAUGCGAAAUCGACGGCAGCUUCAAAAAUAAAACCUCAGACUAAAAAACCAAUAGAUAAUAAGGGAAACCCAAAGACAAUACAAAAGAAAGCUCCACAAACACAGACAAAAGUAACAAAGGUCGCAAGCAAACUAUCAGGGCAGCCCAAAACAAUAUCAAGUGAAUCGUCGAAGGCUGCUAAGAAAACUGAGUCGAGGAGAUCAGUGACAAGUUCUGUUUCAACAACGACAAGCUCCGCAUCAGCUACAAGUAGAGUCAUAAGUGAAAUUCACUUUGAAAGAUCUUCAAGUCCAGCAUCAAGCUCAAUAUUUUAUGAAAGUCAUCCUCAAGGCGAAAAUAGCCGAUCCACAACGCCUAGACCUAGGGUGAAAACAGAUGUUACCAAAAUACCAUACAACAGCUCAGUUCGCUCCUCAAGUCCGUCAACUAAAGCCACAAAAUCGAAAACAACUAUCGCAAGAAAAGAUGUUAGCAAGAACGCAAAAGUGGUUAAUAUAAAAAUGAAAAAAGAGAUCACCUCAAAGACAAAAAUUGUCGAAGACAAGCGAACAAAAACGCCAACUCCAUCUACCACCACACACCGAUAUAUGCAACCAACAUUAGCUCACAGUAUGCGUUACGGCCGGAAUGCCGAGAGCGAAAGCCGGAGUGGAACUCCGGCUCCAGCCAAAUCACCAGCACCGCCUAAAUCUCCAGCUCCGACACAAUCCAGUCGACAAAGUGUAUAUAAAACAAAGAAUGUGACAAGUGCCUUGACAAAAAACUCGUCAAUAGAUCAAAAACAAAAGAAAUUGAGUACAGAAAAGCCUUUAGUUUUGACCAAAAGAGGCUCCCAAACCGAAAGUAAGGAGUCAUUAAAGAGUACAGAUCGCCUUUACAAAAGACAAACAUCCAAAGAGAAUAAACAAGCAAACGUGAUAGGCUCCAAGAGCCAAAUAACUAAAAGCAUGAAGACACAAUCAGCUAAUGCAACCAAAUCCAUUGCCUACAGAACUUCCAUAGAAUCUGAUAACAAAAAUCUACAGAAGAAAACUACAACAACUAUGCAACAGCGCACCAAAGUUCCAGUUAGCUUGUCUUCCGUAACACCAAGAACUUCAUCUAAGCUAAGCAACAAAAGUGAUGACACCGUUUUAAAACCUCAGAUAGACAAUAAGAAAAUCGUUAGGAAGACAGUAAGCAAAGUGAGUGAGGGAAGCAACAAAAACAUACGCAGUUCCAUAGAACCCAAACUGCAGAAACAGAUGAAGGAUACAAUGAACGAGUCGAAUACUUCAGCUAGUGGCAGCACCAGUGCCAGUGGCUCCUCCAACAGCACCAGACGCAGCGUUCGUUCCGUGACGGUCAGUCGUAAGACGGACAAAGAGAAGACCAAUAUGAAGCUAUCAGCAGAGCAGAAGGUUACCACAUCGACAUCGACAGUGCGUGUUCACAAGGCACCGACGGCCACAACCGGCGCGGUUAGCACCGUGCUCGUUGAUGACGACUCCGAGGUGAUAACCAUACGAUCCAUUAAAUCAAGUGAUAGUACAAAAAGCUCUACCUCAUCAUCCUCUGGUAGCGGCAGCAACAGUCGCAAGGUGCUAACCAGCGAGGUUUUCACUAAGACUUUCGGCCCCGACAAACCCCUAGAAGUGAUCUACCGCCAGCCCGAUUUUGAUGGAGAGCACCAUACAUCGAUUGGCAUGCGUCCGCAAUCCACAAGUGAACAACAGCGCUAUGUUAACGAAUUCGAUGUCAGCUUUAUUGAUACCACCGAUUCCAGUCUCUCCGACUCUGUUGCACUGCCCAUGUUUGGCGCUGGUGAGCCAGAGCGCUUGCAGGCCGCCAGCCCCGGCUCCCCAAAGCCAACUCGUAGUCCCUUAGCCUUAAUUGAGGAAACAUUGCGGCGCCACCAUCAGCACCAGCAUGCUCAUGUAGGUUCAUCGGGCAGUGCAGUAGAAUCUUCGCCACAAUUGCAUGUCGAAAGCGGCAGCAUUGUGGCGGUGAGUGAGAGUCGUCAAAAGAAAGAGACGGAGAAAUACUGCACAACCAAAGAAGGCCUUACGAAAACAACAAUUGCCCCAACCAUUCUGCAUACAGAGAAUAUCUCUCAUACUUUUGGUGAUCUUAAAGUUGGUGAAUGUGAUGAUGGCGAAGAUGUUAAUCGUGUGGCACGCAUACGCGAGGAAGCCAAAAUUCUAGUCGAUAAUGUGCUCGAAGAGAGUGUCGAUUUUAUUGAGGGCCAUGGGGAUCAGCCCAAUGGGCACGAUUUCAUAAAGCACGAAUACAAUUCUGAGAGUGAGAAUUAUGCCAUAACAUGCGACGAUAUUGUCGGCGUUGAUGUCAUCAAAUCGCCAACUAUUGAGUCCAUGUCGGGCAAAUCAUUCGAUGAUAAUAUGAGUUUCACAGAUGAGCACAUUAACUUACCCUUGCAUGCCCAAAACAUAACAGCAACAACUACAACAACAACAGUAACAACGCAAUUCCAACAACAACAACAACAGCAACAACCACUAGCCUCAUCGACAGCAAAAGAGCCUAGUGAAGGGGAAGAUAAAAUGGAGGUGCGUACCAGACGCAUCGAGCAUAAGAUCCAAAAGCUAUCCGCUGACGUAGAUGAUGUCAGCGCCCGAUUCGAUGAGGCAUUCGAAACAGUUGUACAAGAGGACGAGAUAAGCGCCCUGCAGGGCGAGUAUUCGAAGCUCAGUUGGGAUGAUAGCGUUUCGCCCACAACUAAUACAAUGGCCGAUAUGGCACAGACUCAGUUAACGCCCGAUAAUGAUAUACAAGAAUUGACUACAGAAACAGGCGGCGAUUUACCAAUCUCAACCGAUACCACUCCUAUACCACCGUCGGCUGUUGUCACAACAACAACAACAACUAAAACAGCAGCUGAAACGGUGGUCGAAACCAAUACAUUCACGACCACCAGCCAAGACACACCCACACCAAAACCUCGCGUACUCAAAGCAAGCCCGCCCGACUCCAUCUCCGAAGGCACAGAUAGCACCACCAUUCCAAAUCAAGUUCAGCAAUCAGACAUACCGAUCGAUAUAAAUGUUGAUGCAUCUGCACCAGUUCCGAAGCCCCGUGCUCCCAUUAAGCACACAGAUCAGUUUGAGAAUCUGGCAGCAUUGGGCGAACAAUCCGACAGCAUUAGCCUACGUAGUUUUGAUUUUACAGAAGAUAUUUCCAAAACAGAAGAGCCCUCCACAGAGCUGUCGAUCCGAUCGCAGCUAAGGGAUAUUGUCACAACAACAACCACAACAACGGCAUCUGAGGAUCACACUGAAAGUUUCGAGCCAACAAGCGAAAUUUCAGUAGACGAAGCAGACACAGAAAAAUCUGAAGGUGUCGAGAAGACAACAAGCUUUUACAUUGGCGAAUCAAGCCGAAAUGUAAUCACGAAAACCUUUACGAAAUCCCCUAGUAUGACACCACAGGACGAAGAACCUAAGACAGAAAUGACCGAGAUAGAAGCAAAGGAUAUAUGUCUUAUGAAGGAGGUCUCAGUGGAUUCAGAUGAAGCUAAUGAUGCCUUUAAGGAAUAUGUAACUAUGAAACCCGAUGCGCCAGUUGGUUUGGAUAGCAAAAUAAUCAGACAAAGCUCGGAAACUAGAAAUGAUCUCCUGGAAUUCGAAAAUGCUGAAAAAGAUAAAACCACCGAAGCUAAAAUGUCUAAAGUAACCACCGAGGAGAGCCUAACCACGUCGACCGGCUCCAGUGGUCGUGCGGUUAUCGAGGUGGCGCCUUCAAGCAGUGAAGAAUCAAGCAAGGAAAUUCCGGAAAUAGUCAACACAAUUAUUGAAAAGCCAGACAAAUUCGAGGUGCCACUUGAGAAAAGUGAGUGGGAAAUGGCUGAAAAAGAAAUUCCAACUGCAAGUAAACCAAAGGUACUUCACUCGCCACAGCAGCCACAGGCAUUGACCGAAAAACCCAUAGAAAAGGUUCAGGAAUCCACAGGGGCUGUUAAAAGAGAAUUUGAGCUUAGCAAAGUGCCUCAAGACUUUCGUUCUGAUAUUGAAGUAGAGGAUGUGUCAUCCUUUAUAGGAAUACCGGAACGUCAAGCCUCCACAAUAGAUGCUACUAAGCCACCAGAGGGUCUCUUCGAUACAACAGUCAAGGAGACAUUAAAUAAACAAGCUGUCAUUGCUCAUUACGGUAACGAUGCGCCUAGCGAAGUAGAUCGACGUGAUGAUCAUGGAUCUCUAGGAUUUGUUUCAACAGGCACAGCUGAAGACUUUAGUUCAAUGGAGGAGCGUUUAGCAAAGGAGGAACAAGCCUCACUUGGCUUCAUAUCUACUGAAACAGCUGAUGACUUUAGCUCCAUGGAGGACUAUUACACAGAGAGGUUAGCCACGGCAUCUGUAGUCGCAGAAGGCAACGUUGCCGAUAAGUCGAUUAGCAGCACCUUCGAGGAAGCAGUUUCUGAUCACAGCAUUAAGCCAGUCGACUUAGUAGUACAUCGCAUAAAAACUGAUUCGUCGCCAGACUCCACCAACCGCUGGUCUAUUCCAGAUGUAGAUCAUUCAAGCUCCAGCGACAGCUACCACAAGAGUUUCGAUAAAACUCAGAGUCGUCCGCUAUCGUCAGAUGUAGAAAACUUGCUUACAGGUACCGGAACAUCAAGCGAGUAUCAAACUGCACGAGAUUUCACACCUUCCACAUGUCGCGAUGGCACCGAGUACGUGAGUGCAGUCAGUACUCUAGGCAGCAGCAGUGGAAAGUCGAUUAGCUCGCAUGAGAGCAUGCGCAGCCUGGACUCCCAGUCAGAAACUUCAGCCAAUCUGAUAAGCAUUGACGUCUCUGAGCUGUCUGAGACUCUGGUAGCAUCCUCAACAGAAGCUGAUGCUUUGGAGGCUGAAGAAAUGGCUCGUCUGCACGAUCUGCAAGCUGAUGACGACGAUAGUGAUGAGAGCCUUGAUAUGAUAGCCUCUGCCUAUCCCACAACUGAACAGCAAAGCGCGAUGAAGCGCUCUCAGGAAAUGAUAUUCAAGCCCAAGUCUGAGGCUGAAGUUAUACCUCUGCAACAAACGUCAGAGACUGCACAGAUUGAUGAGUAUCCCAAACCGAAAGAGAUCGAACGCACUUGGGGACUAGCCUAUCCAAUUGAAGAGAAAGAGGGAAAGAUGGAUAGCCCCCGAGAGAGCGAGAAGGGAGAAGAUAUACUGCUCUAUCACGGUGAUUCGCGGCGUUCAAUUGACGAGUCGAAGCUAGCCUCAAGCUUAGAUGAGGGAAGCAUCCUCUCUGUCAGCAUGUCGAGUACAUCAAAUAUUGAUACUGUUGUGGAAAACUUUGAUGACAUAAUCGGCUCUGCCGGUUCCUCGUCAUUGACAGGUAUUGAAGGUUUUCAAUAUGGCCAUGAGGAUCCAAUUCCAUCCGCGUCAAUACCAGAAGACACAUUCAUUAUGGAAAUGGAAAGUAAAGAAAGUUCGCCACAAGACUCGAAUGCCAGUACACCGCCUGGCAGUGAGUCGAAGAAGCGUGGUCACAAACGCAAUGAGAGUACAACAAUUUCUGGAGAUGCAUUAAAGAAUUUAGACAAGGAUACACCAACACCAGGUGAAGGCAAGGAAUCGGAAAGUGAGUCCGAUACAGACCCUUACGAAUCCGAAUAUGCACGUCAAUUCCGCUCUCCAAAAGAACGAAAGCAUAAGAAAAAAAAACAAGCAGCUGCUGAGAUGGAUCACAGCUCCGAGCUUGAGAAACGUCCAUUCACACCCUCUCAGCUGGUAGCCGAAGUCAUUGUUGAGGAUGCGACAGAGGAGUUGGAAGCGGAAGCAGCCAUGAUUGAAGAGCGACGACCCUCGCAAAAUAUGCAAGACUACUCAAAUAUCCCUGACAUAAUGGUUACCGAGGAUGUAAAGUCGCCGAUUUUGGAAGAAGACGCUGAUGACUUUCCGGAGAAGACUUUGUAUAAAGUUCGCACUGAAGAGGAGCUAAACAAAGCAAGUGAUGUGGCCAUUUUCCAAAAAGCCAAAGAGGAAGAAAAGGAGCUCGAAUUCCAGAGACGAGUGCAGGAGCAGUAUAAGCAGAAGCUUGAAGAACUCAAGCGAGCCGAAGUGGGUGCAGAUUACGAUGAUCAAAGGGCAGCUGAUUCGCCCGACUCCUUUGAAAUGGUUGAACAGCCUGAUAUCUCAGAUGAGUUUGUCAUCAUUGAGGAAGUAGCCAAAGAGGCCAAUGAGGUGGAUUUGGGCGGUAAAAGCAUAAAGAUUAAGCCAACUAAAUAUGAACAGAAACAUGAUCAGGAUGUUGAAAAAAUAAUAAUAAAAUCAGCACCUGCCGAUCCCAAACUGGGCUCUCAGCUAUACAAGGACGACCUCAACUUUGAGUUCGAGGAAAGUCCGCCAACAGGAGCCAGCAGCAGCAGCGAACAACAGGAGGAAAGCGAUUCAAGCGAUACUGCAGCUGCAAAUAAGCGCUGGGUCGAGAUGCAGCUGACUGACACACAGCUGCGUUAUCCCUAUGAUCUGGCGGGCGCUGUGUUGGAGGAUAUUAAGGAGGAAGAUGGAGAGUUUGAGGUGGGCAGCAGUCGCAUUAGCAGUUUCAAGGAUUCCUUCUCGAGUACACCAGAAUAUGAUUUGGCAGCACGUCGCUAUCAUUCGCGCGGUGACCACGAUGAUGUCUCCAUGAGCAGCCUGCAAGAGUUUGAGUCGCUGGAGCAGGCCAUUUCGCUAGAGAACCGAAAUCGUGGCCACCAAGGCUCCACAGACUCUAGCAAUGGUAGCUUCACACGCCGCUAUAUGGUGCGGCACAGUGGCAGUGGGACAGCGCCUGGCGAUGAUGUCUCAAUAUCUAGCCUCAAAGAUUUUGAGGGACUGGAAAAUGCAUGCAUUGAAGCUCAUUUAAUUGAGAUCAAAGCCAAGGAGGAGGCGGCAAUGCUGUCACGUUCGGACGAAUCCAACAAAUCAAACGGCAGCGACCACGGUGCCGCUGGCAAUGUGGUGGUCACCAAGGUAACGCGCACUGUGACCCGCACUGAAGUGCUGCCAGCUGGCCAAGCGGAAAACCUUGAACUCUUGCUCAAGCAACAACUGGAGAGGGACGAAUUUGACUCGAAGGCAGUUAGUGGCACAGUUAAGAUUACUGAACUGCCAACCACCGAACUGGAUCUGAAAUCAAAAAUUGACAGCCAGGAUUCGGAAAAAGACAGCAUCGAUAGCAUGGAGAUUCGAAGCCAUGACAUGAUGACCAGCAGUAUAGAGAGCUUCGAUAUCUCCAAAGAUGCGACCACACGCUCGGACAUUGACUCCUUGGAAAUUGAUAAGCGCCACUCGCGACAGGAGAGUAUUGAAUCGUUUGGGGAUGAACAAUUGGAUCUUAUGUCCAAGCUGGUCACUGGUGGUGGUGUAACACUAGGAGAUGGUUUGACUACCACUACGACAACCACAACCACCAGCACAGACGCCGAUGGCCAAGAACACACUGUCACACGAGUGAUAACCACCACGACGGUUACCAGCGGCGGAGGUGGAAGUGGCAUUCAGGAUUUGCCACUGGAUGAGAGCGGCAUGUCCAAGGACAUAUCCGUUGAUUCUCUAAACCUGUGCAUUGAGCAAACUACCAGCUCAGCUGGUACAACGGCUACGUAUCAGACCAGCGCUGGAAACUCUCAGAUGUCCGGGAGCAUUACGAGCUGUGCAUCAAGUACGUUAAUGGAGGAUUCAUUCCCUGGUGUGGGUGGCAUGUCAUCCUCUCAAAUGUCGGCCAGCUUUUGGUCGCACGACGAGUCGACGGUGGUUGAGGAUGAAGAUCUAAGGACACAACCGCAACAACAGCAACAGCAGCAACAACACCAAUAAAGAUGAGAAGAAAAGAAUUAAUUAAUAAGGGGCUUAAACAAUGACU